ACGUUAAUUCAUAAAUCAUCGAUUGUAUAAAAAGUAAUAUCUAUCGAACGGAUUCAUCGAUCGUCUAAUCUGAAUAGCAAUCGUGAAAAAUUCCAAGAUGGACGGGAUUGCUGGUUCACCGAGUCCCGCGAGCAGCGAUGCGUAUCGGAGGCGUCGCGACUCCUACAGCGCGGCGAUGAUCGACGAGGCGUCGAUAUUCGACGAAUCUCGGAACGCAGAGCCUCAACCGAUCCCGCAGAACAGAACCAAAAUGCCGGACGGUCUCAGCUCCGAAUCUGAGUCCUGGUCGACGGAGAGCUCGUUGAUGAAACGGGAUCUGACUAGAACGCCGUCGACUGAUACCAGCAGAUCGUGGAACGGGAGUAUUGAGAUACCGGAGACGUUCGCCGGUCAUGCAGAAAUGUGGAACCGGCUGGCGAGGUGUCGCUGUCUCGUGGCGAAAUUGUCGAUCUCGUCGGAAUGUCAGUGUCUGUGUCGUUGUCAGUGCCGAUGCAGCCAGUGUCAAUACUAUCGUCGUAAGAUCUCGAGCUGUUCGAGCAACAGGGAUCAGCCGUUCCUCGCUGGUUUCAGGAGGAAGGACUCCGGCUACUCGGUGUCCACCUGCCAGAGCGUUCUGCCGCCGUCUUCCGGCAGGAACUCGGCGGCCAGUCUGUUCCACGAGAUCAGGGGGGACGGUCGCGAGUCGGGCAUCGUACAAGACGAGGUGAUCCAACGUCGGCACUCGGAUCAAACGCAGUCGCCACGUGGUUGCAAGAUCGGCCGGGUAGAUAACCGUCGGUUCUCUGAACAGACGAUCGCCAGAAGAAGCAGCGGAUGCAUCCUCGAGGAGACCGGCGCGACGCAACCGAUCAUCGCAAGAACCUGUCCGCGCUCCUUCCCGGAGAAGAUCGCGACGGGGGAGCCGUGGACGCGUUUGCAUAAUGAAAAUCACCGCGGCGAUCGGACGUCGAGGGAAGCCACCGCGGACAAACGUUCCGCGAGGAAGAAGAAGAGGGAGGAGGACGUUGGGGCGGGUGAGAGAAGGAGGAGCAGCACUGUAAGCGUCACGCCGAAGAUGAUGAGGAGACGAUUUUCCGAACAGUUGAUACUUGAAGCUGGCUUGGGAAGCGUUCAUGAUUAUGAAGAUUUACUUCGAGAACCGGAGGACGCGGCAGAGGAAGAGUCGCUCACCGUGGCGAACGCUCGCAAGAGGAUCACCCUCAAGAGGCAUUAUUACCCGGAGGGCGGAUGGGGACAUGUAAUUGCAUUGGUCGCCAUUCUGGUACAAGUGAUCUGUCAUGGGCUCCAACUAGGAUCGGGAAUAUUAAUCUCGUCCUCCGUCGUACAGUUCCAAUGCGAUCUGGCAGAAGCAGGUACCAAUUCGAAACUUACUUAA